AUGGAAAGUCAAUUCUCUGAAAUUAUUACAACUGUUGGUUUGAAUUUUUUGAAAAAGAUCGGAGUUCACCAGUCAGUUGUAUUCUCAUCAGUUCUUGUUUUCUCGUCGUUGACAAACUAUUCGAUUGAUUUCAACACUCCUUUGCCACCUGAUCUAAUUGAUGGAUCUCCAGCUUUUAAGAUGUCAGAAGUUAUGGAACAGUUGGAAGAACUCACUUCAAGUUUAGAGAAAGAGAACGUGACUUCUCCAAUUUGGAGAUACCCGUUCUCAGUGAACCAGCUAAAACAAUUCCAUCUAUCUGAAUCGAAUUCUAAACCAAUGAGAUUCAUUUCGAUGAAUAAAAAGCAGAACUGGCAAAUUUCUUGUGAUCAAGAAGAGAAUAAAUGGACAGAAGACGACAUAUUUCGGGUUCUCGGUAUCCCAAUGUGUGAGAAAUCUAUGUCUUUUGUUAUGUUUAUGCCGAAACACCAUGAACCAUUGCGGAAGAGUUUGAAGAAGCUCGAUACUUCUCGAUUCAAAACUUUGGUUCAAGAGCUUGCACCUGGUUAUGUUCAUUUCAAAAUUCCAGUUUUCAAGAUCAGUUCCAACAUUCCAACUUCUCGAAUUCUGGGACUUCGUCGUCCAUUUCAUCAUCGGCUGAAAUUCAGAUUGACCAGUCAGAAUGUGAGAAGCAUUGAUGAUUGUAAAGUGACUACUCGGAGUCCACGUGGAAUGAUUAAGAAACCAUGCGAGACCAUUCCCUUCCAUUUCGAUGCCAACCGUCCAUUCUUGUUCGCUAUCAUGAAUGGAGCAACACCAUUGACAAUGGGAGUUUUCAGUGGCAACGAGAACUGA